AUGUUUGCUCUUAUCAUUGCCAGCACAUCCUCUAUCUGGCCUCAUGUGUCAGAAUUGCAGACCAACAGUAAUAAAGUUAAAUCCAGUCCAGGAAUCAACUCGAUACUUCCUGCGCCAUGUCAUUCACAUAACGACUAUUGGAGACUCAUGCCUUUCCAAUCAGCUGUAGAUGCCGGUUGCAUCGGUAUAGAAGCUGAUGUCUGGGCUGUCCAGAGUGAGCUCUAUGUCGGCCAUGACCUGGGCGGUCUGUCAACUGACCGAACUCUAUCAUCAAUGUAUAUCCAGCCGCUGAUGAAGCUACUACAAUCUCAAAAUCUAGACACUGAUUCUAAUCUUCCGCCUCGGGGAAUAUAUGGUCGCAAACAUGAUCAGACAGUAGUGUUACUGGUAGACUUGAAGUCAAAUCCCAACACAUCAUGGCCGCUUUUGCUCGAAAGACUUGAGCCCCUUCGCCAAAAGGGAUGGUUGAGUCAUGUCCAUGACGGCAAGUUUGUCUCGAGGCCCAUCACAGUGGUGGGAACUGGCGAGACCGAGCUGCGUCUGGUGAACGAAGCCACCCCUUUUCGAGACAUCUUCCUAGAUGCACCGCUUGAUCAACUGAAUGAGGGUCUUUAUAACGACCUGAACUCGUACUAUACGAGCAUAUCAUUCGAAAAGUCGAUUGGAAAAGUUGGCUCAAAAGGUCUCAAGCCAGAGCAACUAGCAAAGUUGCGGGAUCAAAUCUCUCAAGCCCAUAGCCGAGGUCUCAAAGUGCGGUAUUGGGGUAUGCCAUAUUGGCCACUUCAUGUGCGAAAUCAACUCAGAGAAGUGUUGGUUGACGAGGGCGUGGAUGUCCUCAACGCGGACGAUCUGUGGGAGGCAAGGGAAAUUUUCUCCAAGAGAGGGUAUAUGAUUGAGUGA